AAAAUCACAAAAAGGAUAACCAAACAACUGUCUGUUGCACUGACCUGUGACACAUGAUUUGCCCAGGGAAAAAGGUAACGCUAGAAACAAGAAAAAAGUGAAAGGUGGGUUGCGAGGUAAUUAUAGGCAUGAAAAGAAAAACCAGGCCUGUACUCUCUCUCUAGCUCUCUCUCUUUCUUAGCUCUCUCUCUUUCUCUCUCUCUCUCUCUCUCUCUUACAUAUUUUCUCUCUUACAGUCAUAGAUCUUUGCCCAAGUAAAAAAGCUUUGCCCCCAGAAAAACAAGAGAAAACCAAAAACCAGCCAGCCCUGUUUGUUUUCUCAUCUUGCUUGACCUGGGGCCAUAAUUGAGUGACACCAGACAAAGCUUUCUUUCUUUGUCCAUUCUUCCCCAUACCAGUGAUAUCUCUCCCUUCCAGCUCUUUUUCCUAUCCUCCCACAAUUCCUUUCUCUCUGACUAGACACCCUCUUAGUAAUGCAAGAUGCAAGCUUUGUGUGGUUGGUUCCUCAGUGAAUCAGCCAUUUUCAUGUUUUCCGGAAAAUGAGGGAAAGUGGAAAGAAGAUAUAAAGGAGACAUUGAAGAAACAAAGAUAGACCCAAGUCUUCAUUUUUAAUUUUCUUGCCCCCCACCGCUCAUUUUUUUUUUGGUUACCUUCUAUUUUUUCUCUAAACUCUGCAGGCAUUAAGACUAGAAAAUGAGGAAGCAUGGAUGGCAACUCCCUUACCACCCUCUCCAGGUGGUGGCUGUUGCUGUAUUUCUGGCAUUGGGUUUUGCCUUCUACGUGUUCUUUGCUCCUUUUGUCGGGAAGAAGAUUUUUCAGUAUAUUGUGAUGGGUCUCUACACUCCACUUAUUACAUGCGUCUUCAGCCUAUAUGUUUGGUGUGCGGCAGCUGAUCCUGCAGAUCCAGGAGUUUUCAAGUCAAAGAAGUAUCUUAACAUUCCAGACUGUGAAAAGCAUUCUAGACAUAAGGAUUCUAAACUGGGUGGGGAAUCAACUUCAUCGUUACAUGAUGCUAAUGCUACAACACUUGGCGGGAAACCUCUGUUUAAGGAUGAACCGGGCAAAGAUGCAACUUCUAAAAACUCAACUACAGAUAUUGAGAUGAAAAAUACAUCAUCAGAACGUUCAUCUUGUCUCUGGCUGAUUUGCUCUCCAUGUGCAUAUAUGUGCAAUUGUUCUAGUUCAAGUGAGGAAUCCUCUACACAACAAUUGAGUGAAGAAGGAAUGUUCUAUUGCAGUUUGUGUGAAGUUGAGGUCUUCAAGUACAGUAAACACUGCAGAGUUUGUGACAAAUGUGUUGACCGCUUUGAUCAUCACUGCAGGUGGCUUAACAACUGUAUCGGAAAAAAGAACUAUAGACAGUUUUUCACCCUCAUGGUUACUGCUCUCCUAUUGCUUAUUCUACAAUGGUCAACUGGGAUUCUUGUGCUUAUCUGCUGUUUUGUUGAGAGGAAGCAGUUCGCUGUAGAUAUAUCUGCGAAGUUGGGAAGCAGUUUCUCUUUAGUGCCAUUCGUUAUUGUUGUGGUGUUAUGCACAUUUUUGGCAAUGAUUGCGACCCUACCACUUGCACAGCUUUUCUUCUUUCACAUCCUCCUUAUCAAGAAGGGAAUCAGCACAUAUGACUAUAUCAUAGCUUUGAGGGAGCAGGAACAAGAGCAACAAGGAGUUGGAGGUCAGCACAGUCCCCAAAUGUCUCCUGCGAGCUCACUUACUGGAUUAAGCAGUGCAAGCUCAUUUACUACUUUCCACCGGGGUGCUUGGUGCACGCCCCCACGGCUGUUUCUAGAAGAUCAGUUUGAUGUUGUACCGCCAGAGACUGGAUCUGUUAGUUCAUUAGGCAAAAAGAUGGGGGGAGAUGAACCAAUUAAGAAGAAGAAUCUGGGAGCAGUGAAGAUUAGUCCAUGGACUCUUGCAAGAUUGAAUGCAGAAGAGGUCUCAAAGGCUGCUGCUGAAGCAAGAAAAAGGUCCAAAAUCCUGCAGCCUGUGGUGAGACGUGAUGCUUCUUUUGGGCUAGAAACUGACAGUAGCUUUGGCAGCAGUGGCCGCAGAAUGGUUUUUAGGCCAGAGAAUAAUAGAAGGCGAGCUAAUAAGCGGGUGCGCCUUCCUGCUGAGCUGCCAAUGGAGCCGCUUACAAAGACUUCAGCUAAAGCUGUUGACAAAGGUUUCACUGAGACAUCAACUAGUUUGGCGCCUCUUCAGCUUGAAGCAAGGAGUGCUUUCCAAACAAGCCGAGCUAUGUCAAGCUCCACAGGGAUUGUUGCUUCUUCUCCUGAGAGCAGUUUAGACUCUCCAGACAUCCACCCUUUCCGGGUGUCCUCAUCGGGUCCUGAAGAGGCCAGGCGGCUCACAGGUCUAUCUGCAACUGGUAUAGCUGCUCAAAGCGGAAUCCCACUGUCAAGGUCAACUAGUGAUGGAUAUGAAGCCUCUGGUGGAGAAGACAGUGAUAGGGUUCCUUCUAGGAUCGUACAAAGAUCGACGAACUGGAGUAACAUUCUCUUUGGCUCUGAUCAUGACGAUAGGAUGGUGAACCUGAAAGCAUCAUCUUCUAGCCAGACUAACAAUAGAAAGUUAUGAUCAAAAAAUUGUGAUUCAUGAAAGUUUUAGGUCUUGCAAUUCUAUCAAGGGAAAAUAGUUCAAAAUUCUUUCAUUUGUGAUCCAAGGUGAUUGGGUUGUGGGUUUUCGAAAACUCAGGCUUCAAUGGGUAAGACAGACAGUGGCUGUAUAGAAUUUUAGAAUUGGAAAUUUUAACUGAGAUGCAAUGCACAUACUUUGUAUUUUUGCUUAGACUUCUUUUGCGGCCUCUGGUGUGUUCACAAGACUUGACAAGAUGAGCAAGUUUGCCGCUGUACUGCUAAAAGUUGUCCUCCUGGUGGACCCUGGAGGGUUUUGUUGAAAAUGGUUUCUUCAUUUUUGUCUGUC